AUGCAGGGCAUAUUGCCUCCGCCUGAAGGCGUGAUACCAGACUUUAGUGGCGGAAGAUCGGCUCUUCAGCAACAGAUAUUGGUUUCAUAUAGCGCACUCACAGCAGCUUCCGCUCGGAAUCCAAGUUUCGAUGAUUUGUUCCUUAUCUGCAGUUGGCUGGGAUGCAUUGCCUGGCUCGGUGUAUGUAUCUUCGCAUUUCGAUUUGGAUUCGGCCACCACGGCUGGAAUGUCACGCUCGAUAAGAUGAUGGGAUAUCAGCAAAUGUUGGUUGGAAUAUGCAUUAUCUACGCCUGGACACCAGCACUCACAAAGUUCUCUUUGCUCUUCCUGUAUUAUCGGAUAGGCACUCAGGCUUGGAUGCGAAUCGCAAUUUAUGCGCUUGCACUCUUGACGUUUGGCUACACUCUUUCCAUUACUAUUGUUGUCGUUGGACCUUGCAAUCCCCAAAUCAAUACGGCAGGGAAGUGUUUGAAAGACCUCAAUCUUUUUAUGGCCAUCAUCAAUAUUCUCACGGAUUUCUUCAUCAUCCUAUUACCGCUUCCAAUGUUACACUGUCUUCAGCUACGCCUGAAGCAAAAAGUUCUUCUAAGCCUAGUGUUCACGCUCGGAUCGGGGGUCAUCAUCGCCUCCAUCGUUAGGAUUAUUUAUGUGUACAAUUACAUCAGCAAUCCGGAUUUUACAUUUUACCAAGCCUCGGCCUGUAUUUUCUCUGUGGUCGAAUUGAAUGUAGGGGUGAUUUGUGCGUCAAUGGCCACAUUGAAGCCUUUCCUUGUUCGACACAUGUCCUGCAUGUUGUCUUUGUCCGGAAGCAGCGAAAAAUCAAAAUCUAAGAGUGGAGUUUUGAGUUGGCUGAGAUUGUCUCGGGGUCAAAACAAGAGUUACGCAUUGGGAAGUCUGGAUAAUCAUGAGGCGAAACCGUCUCAAAACAAAGACGACUCCAGUAUCCAAGUUUCGACUCAAUUCUUUGUAACUUCGACAGAACACCCAUUGAAGGACAGUGAUAGCACUGAGAGAAUCAUCGUACCCGAUAUAAGCAAGGACGUAUGA